UCCAGCCCCCCCACCCCAAACACCCAGACUCACCGAGCGAGGGAUUGGACGAGGUGGCUCCCGCACGGGUCCUCCCGGGGGUCGGAUGUGUGCCCUUCUCUUCCUCUCGGGGGGCUGCCGGAGCGGGCGCAGUGUCGGGGCGCAGCCGGAUGGCCUGGGAUAACUAGCCGGGGAUUGGCGCUAUGGAUGGAGCCGCUCGUGCCCUCUGAAUGCCCCCUCCGUGCCAGCUGCUUUCUUGAGGCGGGGGCUGCUGCAGAAGGGGCGGCCAGUGCUGGCACCAGGUGGAUGGCAUGGCGCAGAGAGAGCCCAGCUGAAGAUCCAACUAAACUCCCUUGUUGCGAUGUAUACAUGACAGCGACUCCGGCUUGUUGACUCCAAAAUGUAACACCCCUGCACUGGUAAGAGACUCUUUUGGCCAAGGGGCCAUGGAGAAGUUGCUAUGCCUGUUGCUGAUGGGAGCCCUGGGGUACUUUGGGAGAGCACAACAUUGCCCCGGUCGCUGCAUUUGUCAGGUCAACUCUCCGACUCUCACCAUGCUGUGUGCCAAGACAGGACUUCUCUUCGUCCCACCAGCCAUUGAUCGCAGGACAGUAGAGUUACGACUGACCGAUAAUUUUAUCACCAUCAUUCGGCGCAAGGACUUCAGCAACAUGACCAACUUGGUGCACUUGACACUGUCACGGAACACUAUAAGCCAAAUUGUGCCAUUGGCGUUCUCCGACCUACGCUCUCUAAGAGCCUUGCAUAUGAACAGCAACAGACUUUCUGCCCUGAGGAAUGAGCACUUUCGAGGCUUGGGCAAUUUGCGUCAUCUUAUUUUAGGUAACAACCAGAUAAAUACUAUACAGCCUGGGGCAUUUCAUGAGUUUCUUCCCACUGUGGAGGAUCUUGACUUGUCAUAUAAUAACCUCGAAGAACUGCCCUGGGAAGACAUUGGCCAAAUGGUGAAUCUCAACUCGCUAACUCUAGACCAUAAUCUGAUCGAUUACAUUGCAGAGGGAACGUUCACAAUGUUGCAUAAGCUUGUCAGGCUUGACAUGACCUCCAAUCGCUUGCACAAAUUGCCUCCAGAUAACCUUUUUCUUAAGGGUCAAGUGUUGGCCAGUUCGAGAGGUAGCAGUUCUUCAUCUCUGGCCAUAAGCUUUGGUGGGAAUCCCCUACACUGUAAUUGUGAACUUUUAUGGCUCCGACGACUGACAAGGGAGGAUGAUCUUGAGACCUGUGCCUCCCCGGAACAGCUAACAGACAAGUAUUUCUGGUCAAUUCAAGAGGAGGAAUUUAUCUGUGAUCCUCCCCUUAUAACCAAACACUAUGCCAGCAAAACAUUCGUCAUGGAAGGACAAAGUGUCAGCCUUAAGUGCAAAGCUGUAGGAGAUCCCGAACCAUCGGUCCACUGGAUAGGUCCAGAUGGAAAACUUAUCCAUAAUACAACAAGGAUUAUUGCUCAUGACAACGGAACUCUGGAUAUCACCAUUACAACACUCAAAGAUAGUGGUUUUUUCACCUGUAUAGCAUCUAAUGCCGCUGGUGAGACGACUGCUCCGGUGGAGUUGGCAAUAGUACCCCUUCCAUUGCUGGUAAACAACACGGCUCAUAUUAAAGAACCUGAUCCCGGUUCUUCUGAUAUCACAACUUCAACUAAGUCUGGAUUUAAUGAUACCAAGAAUUUACAAGACAGGAGGAUUGUAGUGGACAAGUUGAAGUCAACCUCAGUUGUCAUCCAGUGGCCAUCAGAGCGUCAUAUCCCUGGGAUCCGCAUGUAUCAGAUUCAAUAUAACAGCUCCUUAGAUGACUCCUUAGUGUACAGGAUGAUCCCUCCGAGUAAUCGAAGUUUCUUGGUCAACGACUUGGCCCCAGGAAGGGAAUAUGACCUCUGCGUCCUGGCUGUCUAUGAUGAUGGGAUGACCUCUCUCACUGCUACUCGGGUGGUGGGAUGUGUCCAGUUCAACACGAAAGACGAAAGUGCGCAAUGUCAACCACUCCACACUCAGUUUCUUGGUGGAACUAUGAUUAUCAUCAUUGGAGGAAUCAUUGUAGCUUCCGUACUGGUGUUUAUCAUCAUCCUAAUGAUCCGAUAUAAAGUGUACAGUGGUCAGGAGGAAGGAGGGAAAGCCAGGGUCAGUAAUGUCUAUUCCCAAACAAAUGGGCAACAAGGCAUGGCUUGUGCUCAUUCCUGUGUCAAGUUGGGUGAAAAUAACUAUGAACCGUUGCCCCCAGCUUCCAAAGACCGCCCAAUGCAGGGCAAAGACCCUGGCAAAGGGGAGAACCAACCUUGUUCACCUAUUCCAGCUCCUCUGAUGGAAAUGGACAAGAGGAGAACUAAGACAUCUAGUGAUCUUCAAACAGUGGCUCUUUUGUCUUCUCUUUCAGGAGGAGACCAGACAGAGACCAGCGCAUUGGGCUCCACCACCUCAUUAUGUCUGAUUACUACGGAAGGGCAAGCACACAUGGGGCCCAAAGCUCCUCCCAGGACUUAUCAGCAUAGAUUCUCCUUCGAUGGAGACUACACUCUGUUCCAGAGCCACAGUUAUCCUCGCAGGGCACGGACAAAGAGACACAUGUCCGCCUUGGAGUUGCACAACCAAGAAGCUGAGCUUGGACAUCGAAGAGUCACAUUUAGCAGCACAGAGUGGAUGCUAGAGAGCACCGUGUGAAUAGCACAGUAGUCCACACAAUCUUUGAUGGAGCAGAGAACAUGGAGGGACACUUCUUAUGACACCUUAUGUCUCAGCAAUCAUGUUAGGGGCACCUCAAAAGUUCUGCAUUGUGUAGCUAUGUUUAAUAUCUCUGUACACUUUCUGAGCAGAGAGAAAUUUUGGGAUACAAGGUAGUGGCAGAUCCAGGUUUUCUUUCCCAGUCAAGAUAUGUUCAUUCAUGUUGUCAUAGGUGGUGUGCCGUGUCGAGAAUAUCUCAUUGAGUCAUUGAAGUGUACAGAUAUAUUCUACAUUGGUAUAUGAGGCAUUUACUUGGGAAGAAGCACAGGCACUGCUUUCUCGAGGGUCUUAAAUGUUGUCUGUCUAUAGAGCCCACAGUCAAACAUUGCCGUGUGAUGCAGAAUAAGACAAACACCAUAUCAUAACCAAGAGCUAUCCAAGAAUUUUUCAACAAUCUCUACCAAUUUGCCCCAACAAAAACUGAUCCAUAUAUUUGCCCUCCUGUAAGACCCUCCCUCCUCUGGUUUGGGGAUCUAGAGGGAUAUUGUUCUGCUUGGGUUGUGGUACAUGAAUGCUGAGCCCUUGGAGCAGUGCCUUAAACCAAGAGAGAGACCAGCACACAAGCUUUCUGGAACCCUCUGUGACCUUUCCUAAAAAUUGGGAAUGGACAUGCCGGGUCAUCAGGGGGAAACAGGACUUAUGCACAAACGACACGAUACCCAAACCUACUGUACAAGGCCUUCUGCACAGUAGAACAAGGGAAAACUUAGAGGGAUUUGUUGACCAUGUUGUUUGGGUCCUGACACCAUAUACCGUCUGUACAUCUAGCUGGUCUGGAUCCUUUCUGAGUUACUCAAGUCAGGAGCCUUUCUGGGACCUAGCAGGAAGAGAAAUCAUCUAGAACUGACAAGCACAAGUUUUUACAUUAAAAACAUGUGUCGCCCUCCCUCUCCUCAGCACAUAUAUCAUUGUGGAGAGAGAGAGAUUGCAGAUGGGUGCAGUGGGAAAUUAAAGUCCUUUCUGUGACUGCUC